GUGUCUCUUGUUUCAAUGCAGCUCUUCAGAGAAGUUCGCAUCAUGAAGUUGCUGAACCAUCCCAACAUUGUGAAGUUGUUUGAGGUGAUUGAGACUGAGAAGACUCUGUUCCUCGUGAUGGAGUACGCCAGUGGAGGGGAGGUGUUUGACUACCUGGUGGCCCAUGGCAGGAUGAAGGAGAAGGAGGCCAGAGCCAAAUUUAGACAGAUCGUGUCGGCUGUGCAGUAUUGUCACCAGAAACGCAUCGUACACAGAGACCUGAAGGCUGAGAACCUCCUCCUGGAUGCGGAUAUGAACAUCAAGAUCGCUGAUUUCGGCUUCAGUAACGAGUUCACUGUGGGCAGUAAGCUGGACACCUUCUGUGGGUCACCGCCCUACGCAGCACCGGAACUCUUUCAGGGUAAGAAGUACGACGGGCCCGAGGUGGACGUCUGGAGUCUGGGGGUCAUACUGUACACGCUGGUCAGCGGGUCACUACCCUUCGACGGACAGAACCUUAAGGAGCUGCGUGAGCGUGUGUUGAGGGGUAAAUACCGGAUCCCCUUCUACAUGUCUACUGACUGUGAAAACCUGCUCAAGAGAUUCCUGGUGCUCAACCCCCUCAAACGAGGAACACUGGAGCAAAUCAUGCGUGACCGCUGGAUUAACGUGGGCUCAGAGGAGGAGCAGCUGAAGCCGUUUACAGAACCCGAAUCAGACAUCUCAGACCAGCAGAGAAUAGAGGUCAUGGUGGGUAUGGGCUACUCCAGAGAGGAGAUUGAAGAGUCGUUGUCCAAGAUGAAGUACGAUGAGAUCACGGCCACAUACCUGCUGCUCGGACGCAAAGCCAAUGAGGAGAUCAGUGAGUCCAGCUCCAGCAGCUCAUUGGCUAAGAACAGAGCCUCCACCGAGCUCAACGGCCAAUCACCUUCCCACCUGAGAGUGCAGAGGAGCGUCUCAGCCAGUCAGAAGUCGCGACGCUACAGCGAUCAAGUGAGUCCGGCGUCCACUGGCUCCGCCUCUAAAAGGGGCGUGUCCAGUUCUGGGGAGGGGGAUGGGAAGCUGGAGGGGGGUGUGGGGGUGCGUAAGUCGUCCUCACACACCACCCCGUCACACACCCCCUCCUCGCGCACACACACUCCCCCCUCCCCCAUGCUGGGCAACGCAGCCAAUCCCAACAAGGCAGACAUCCCCAAGAGAUCCAGCAUCGCCACGCCCAACAAUGCCGCUGGCAUGUCUCGGAGGAAUACAUAUGUGUGUACAGAGCGGAACAAUGCUGAUCGCCUCUCUGUGAUUCCCAACGGCAAAGAGAACAGUGCGUCCUUGUCCCCUAGCCAGAAGGCUCCCGGCGCGUCCACUCACAGCAUCAGCAGCGGCAGUGCGUCGGGGGCGGGGCCUGGCGGGGCGGGGGAUAACAAACUCCGUUUCCCACGAGGCAGUGCGGCGCGCAGCACCUUCCACGGGGGCCAGCUGAGGGAGAGGCGCACGGCCACCUACAACGGGCCGCCCGCCUCGCCCACCCAGCCCCCACGCACGUACACGCGCCCGCACACCAACAACCUGCUCACCAAGCUCACCUCCAAACUCACACGCAGAAAUAUGUCCUUCAGGUUUAACAAAAGUCGCCCUCUAUCUGGGGAUCAGCAGAAGGAUGAAGGGAAAGAAGGACCAGGCGGCGGAGGUAAAGAAGGACCUGUCCUCGGUGGGGGUGGGGGUGGGGGGGGUCCCGGUGUCCCCGCUGCUGGUGGGGGGGGUCCCGCUCGCGGUGGGGGGGUCGUGCCCGGCGGGGGUGGUGGCCCCGGGGGGGUCGGUGGUGUCGGCGAGGGCGGGGGUGGGGGGGUCCCCGGUGGUGGUGGGGGGGGCAAGCCUCGCUCUCUCCGCUUCACCUGGAGUAUGAGCACCACCAGCUCGCUGGCCCCCGCCGCCAUCUUGGACGAGAUCACCGCCGUGCUGGACGCCAACCGCUGCCGCCACGAGCAGCGCGACAGCUUCCUGCUGCUGUGUUGCCACGGCGACGCCGCCAAGGCCGACAGCUUCGUCCAGUGGGAGAUGGAGGUGUGCAAGCUGCCGCGCCUCUCGCUCAACGGCGUGCGCUUCAAGCGGAUCACGGGCACCUCGAUCGCCUUCAAGAACAUCGCCAGCAAAGUGGCCAGCGAACUAAGACUAUAACACACACUCAUGACACACACACACACACACACACACACACACACACACACACACACACACACACACACACACCUUCAUCGCAUCCAAAGUGGCCAGCGAACUAAGACUAUAACACACACUCAUGAAACACACACACACACACACACACACACUCACACACACCUUCAUCGCAUCCAAAGUGGGCAGCGAACUUAGACUAUAACACACACACACACACACACACACACACACACACACACACACACACACACACACACACACACAAAUGUGCAUUGCUAUCCUUGUGGGGACCUUCCCUUGUCUUAGUUAGUUCAAUAAAAUCCUUAUGAUCCUUAAUCCUUCAAACCCACUACAUCCCAUCAAUAACCCUCAUCCAACCCAUAACAUAGCCCAUCCUUAAUCCAAACCAAUUCAUCCCUAAUAACAAACCUAUUGCUCAAUCCAAUUAAUCAAUAAUCGACCCUAACCCCCUAUACCCAUAUCAGUCCUAUUCCUAACCUAACCUCAGCUAAUCUCACCAUAUCAGUCCCAAUCCUAACCCCCUAUACCCAUAUCAAUCCCAAUCCUAACCCCCUAUACCCAUAUCAAUCCCAAUCCU